AUGGGUGGUGUUAAAGUUGUUAGGAUUGUUGUCGAUAAGUACAAGAUGGCUACUGGUCACAAGAUUGAUAUUCUUAAAAAUGACAAAACUCGUUUUACUGCAAAGUGCGAAGAAGAUGGUUGUGCUUGGAGGAUUCAUUUUGGGCCUGUGAAUGGUGAUACUUCUCGGUUCGUGCUGAAAGAUUCUAACGCUCACAGAUACAUGGGUACUUUUAUGGCUGCAACAUGUAUCAACGGUAACAAUGAGUUUUACCCAUUUGCUUUUGCUAUUGUUUCUUCUGAAAACAAAGAUAAUUGGUUUUGGUUUCUGGAGAAUCUUCAACAUGUUGUCGAUAGUCGUCCGAUUGUUUUCCUUAGUGAUCGUCAUGAAGGACUUCUGCAGGGCAUUCCAAAAUAUUUUCCUAAUUCACAUCACAGCUAUUGCUUUUACCACAUCAAAUGCAAUCUCCCCAUUGGAUCAGGUGAUGCGAAUUCGAAGCCCGUUCUUGAUUUGUUUUACAAAGCUGCGUACUCUUACUCACCAGCAAACUUUGAAGAAGCUUUGAGGGGAAUACAUGCAAUUGGAGCUGGACAUGUUGCUAACUAUAUCAGGACUAUUCCAAAGGAGAAAUGGGCAAAUGCGUUUUUCCCUGUAUGCAGAUAUGGUGCUCACUCUUCAACUCUUGCCGAGUCCUUUAACAACUGGGUUCUUCCUUUCAAAAAGUUGCCUGCUUUUGUUCUUCUCGAUCCGAUACGUUUGAAGGUUAUGAAGAAAAUGUAUGAGAGAAGGAUACUAGGUCUGGAAACAUUCAACACUAGGCUCAUUCCUGAAUAUGAGGCUUUACUAAAGGAAAACAUCGACAUUGGUCGUACUUGGACUGCUGUUCAGCCCAUGGAAAGAUUGUAUGAAGUCAGGUGGCGAGUGAAUGGUUUUCCUUGUGCGCAUGCUUGUGCUGCCAUUCAAGCUACUAGAGAAGACAUCUAUUCAUUUGUUGAGCCAUACUUCACCACCGAAUGGUACAACAGGACAUACCAGGAUAUCAUCUUGCCAAUUCCCAAUUAUGACAAGCCGCAGUCUUAUGAUCCUAGUGAUAGGGUUAUUGUUCCUAUUCAUGUUCCUCCACCGGGUAGACGAAGAACACAACGCUUCAAGAAUGCAUAUGAGAAGCAAAAGAGGAAAAUGAUGUGCACAAAGUGCUUCACUCUUGGUCACCAUAACAGAGCUACCUGCCCCAUGCUUUGA